AUGAUCAUUCGACUCGAUUCAGUUGUGUGUUGUAGUUCGCUAUCGAAAGUUGUUCGUGGAGUUUUCUGGUACAUAAACAAGAAAUGUCAAGCACCAUGCGUGACAGUAUACGACAUCAGUUCGAACAAGAUGGGUAUGUGGUACUGGAGGACUUUUUACGUGGGCCCGAGUGCGAUGAAUUAGUCGAGGCGGGACUCGAGAUAACAAAACAAGCAGCUGAGAUAGAUCCGAAGCCAAUAUUCUCCACAGUCGAUCCAGAGAUAGCGCAACACAAAGAUGCCUACUUUAUGGAAAGUAACGACAAAAUCAGUUAUUUUUUCGAGGCAGACGCUGUUGACUCGGACGGCAAAUUGAAAGUGGAUCCUAGCAUUUCAUUAAACAAGGUCGGUCACGCUCUCCAUCUUCAACACCCUAUAUUCAGAUGUUACACGUACAGUGAACGUGUGAAGAGAGUCUGCAGAGAGCUGGGUUUAGUAGACCCUGCCGUGGUACAAAGCAUGUAUAUCUAUAAAAACCCAGGCAUUGGUGGUGAAGUGAUACCACACCAAGAUUCGACGUACCUCUACACAGAUCCAAUUCCCCCAGUUGGCUUCUGGAUUGCACUUCAAGAUGUUACCAUACAGAAUGGGUGUCUAUGGAUUUCUCCCGGCUCACAUAAAUCGGGCAUUCACCGUCGUCUCAUACGAAACCCGGACAAAGAUUCCAAACAAGCUUUGAUCUACGACAGACCAGCACCUGUGUACCCACAAUCGAGUUUCACAGCUGUACCUGUCCCGAAAGGUACUUGCAUCUUGUUACACGGUAACGUGGUCCAUAAAAGUGCUGCAAACAAAUCAGACAAGAGCCGCCACGCAUACACUUUCCACGCAAUAGAAAAGCACGAGAAUACAUACUCUUCAGAUAACUGGUUACAAGAAGGUCCAAACGCACCCUUUGUAAAUAUAUACAAUACAACUCAACUAAUGUAACAUGAAAUGUACAAAUAGUAUGUUACUAUGAAAAAAGUCAAAUAUUGGAAUUCAUGUCAUUAAUGUCAAUUCUAUGGAAUGUAUGGAUUUCAUUUGUUUUUGGGAAAUAUCUAGCUAGAAAGUUUGAGUACAAUCUGUAUUAAAAAUGUAGACUAUUGAAUAUUUUUGUAUCAUCCUUGUUUUAACAGCAUAUGAAUAUAAAUUUCGUUUAAAUACUAAGUUAAAAUAUUAAAAGGAAUUAUUAUCAGAAAGCCUAAUUAACUACUAAUUUUAUUACCAAUACAAUUUCAAUUUAAGCAACGAUUGUAGUUGAUUUGUAAUUAUAUUUAAUAGACUAUUUUAAAUGUAAUAAGGCAUUAUGCAAAGAAUAAGAAUCCAUCAUGAAAUGAUGUUUAAGAUUAUUUUUUUAUAAAUUUUUACACGUAAAUUUCUUUAUCUCAUUGUAUUGUGAUAUGCAAUUAUUGGAAUUAUUUCGUGUCGUGUUUUUUUAAUAAAACAUUUUAUCUUUUC